AUGAGCGCGAUCUUGUCAGCAGACGAUCUAAAUGAUUUCAUUUCGCCAGGGGUCGCAUGUAUCAAACCAGUUGAAACCCUUCCACAGAAAGAUACAAAAGAGAACGCCUAUGAAGUAACAACGGAAGACAAAGUCCAGCCCGAGAAUCUAUCCCCCGCACAGAUUUCUUUGACAGACUGCCUCGCUUGCUCUGGCUGUGUUACAUCUGCCGAAGCAGUGCUGAUAUCACUCCAGUCUCACGCCGAGGUCCUCAAUACACUUGAUGCCUGUCCAGAGAUUCCCUUGGCGCAUGAACGUCAUGGGGUGGUAGUCAAUAAUACCGAAGAUUCUGGAGAGGGUAAGAUAUUCGUGGCCAGUGUCAGCCCACAGGUCAGGGCAAGUCUGGCAACAACCUAUGGGAUUUCGGACAAAGAAGCGGGAUACAUGAUCAACCAAUUACUUAGUGGCCCACAGGGCUUGCGAGGUGGGGGUAAACACGGCAAUGGGUUUACGUGGGUUGUUGAUACCAAUGCCAUGCGAGAGGCUGUUCUAGUGCUCACUGCAGACGAGGUUUCAGAUUCGCUCAAUCCAGGGGACUCGUUGACAGUCGGCCAGUUGGAUGACUCUCUUCCCAAACGACCUAUUUUGUCCUCAGCAUGUCCUGGAUGGAUCUGUUACGCCGAGAAGACACACCCUUUUAUUCUCCCGCAUCUUUCUCGACUCAAGUCCCCGCAGGCUCUGUCGGGGACAUUCCUCAAAACUGUCUUGAGCAAAUCUCUUGGAGUUCAUCCUUCUCGGAUUUGGCAUUUGGCCGUCAUGCCCUGCUUUGACAAGAAACUAGAAGCUAGUCGAGAAGAACUCACAGAUGUCUCGUGGCGGCAGGGGGAUUCUACUGCCUCUGAGACACAACCUGUUCGUGAUGUAGACUGUGUUAUCACUGCUCGUGAGCUUCUGUCUCUGGCUUCGUCUCGAGGAUUCUCACUUCCAAACUUGCCUUUGGAACCUUUGCCUUCGUCUUUCACCCCACCCUUCCCUGAAAAAAUCCUCGAUUCUUUUCUUUCCUUCAAAGGCUCUCGGACAGAACAAUCUCUUACUACAGGUACCUCUGGAGGCUACCUACACCACGUUCUCAUGCAUUUCCAAGCUCGCAAUCCAGGUAGUGAACUUGUGAUCAACCGUGGACGCAAUGUUGAUGUUGUCGAGUACGUGCUCAUGUCUCAAGAAGGUCAUCUCAUUCUGAAAGCAGCUCGCUAUUACGGUUUCCGAAAUAUCCAAAACCUCGUCCGGAAGCUCAAGCCCGCACGUGUAUCGAGGCUUCCCGGCGCAAAACCAGCCGCCAGACCCGCCGCAGGUCGGCGCCAGCCUAUAUCUCGUAAUGCCGUGUCCACAAGUAGUUCGGGGUCAGAUUACGCCUAUGUGGAGGUCAUGGCCUGUCCUGGUGGGUGCACAAAUGGCGGUGGACAGAUUCGAGUCGAGGACGCCAGAGAAGCCCUCGGUCCUUCCCAAGGAGAGGCACUAGACGCAUCUAUGAAGCCAUCACCACAUGAGCAGCGCGCGUGGCUCGCUCGCGUCGACGAUGCUUACUUUUCGAUGGAGUCUGAGUCUGAACCAGAGACUCAGUCUCAGCUGUUUUCAUUGGCUGACAAAGAGGCUCAAAUCCACGAAGGCUUGCGGCGCUGGUCAGAAUACAUGAAAAUCCCCCUCUCUAAGCUUGUAUAUACUACCUACCGCAAGGUAGAAAGUGAUGUUGGCAAAGAUCAAACAUCUGCUAAUGAUACUAGUCGGGUUGUGGAGCUUGCGGGGAAGAUUGGUGGUGGUUGGUAA